AUGAGAUUCCCCGGCGUGACUAGCAGUGGUGAUGCGUCGUGGAUGAGUGAGAGGAGAGCUGAGAGGAGAGCUGAGAGCGAUGUGAGAGGCCGCUCUCUGAAAUGGAGGUUUCUCAUUCCCGUUGAGAUGGUGAUUGAGCCGCCAAUAUCCCUUGCGCAAGAACGGAGUCAGGGCUCUCCCAUUAUUGGAACUCUUCGAGUAGAUUGA